GUAUUUGGGGUAGGGCUAACAUUAAGUUAGCACGCUAUCCACGCACCAUUGGUACCCUGCGUAAAACUGCUACGUAGCGCGUGGCUGCGCCGUCACAUCGACCGACUCUGAUCGAUCAGUGAGCGAUUGUCGAUCUCACUCCAUUUGAAUCUGUAUUCUAAGCAUAGGGAUACGCUGUCCGCAAGCUAACCCCGAGCACUAUCAGAAUGCGAGAAAUCGUACAUCUGCAAGCCGGCCAGUGUGGUAACCAAAUUGGCGCAAAAUUUUGGGAGGUGAUAUCCGAUGAACACGGAAUUGACCCGACUGGCACUUACCAUGGUGAUUCCGACUUGCAAUUGGAACGAAUUAACGUUUAUUACAACGAGGCAACAGGAGGCAAAUAUGUUCCGCGCGCAAUUUUGGUGGAUCUGGAGCCCGGUACGAUGGACAGUGUGCGGGCCGGUCCUUUCGGACAACUAUUCCGCCCGGACAAUUUCACAUUUGGCCAGAGCGGAGCCGGGAAUAACUGGGCCAAGGGACACUAUACAGAGGGUGCAGAACUUGUUGACUCCGUUUUGGAUGUGGUUCGAAAGGAGGCUGAAUCGUGCGAUUGCCUUCAGGGUUUUCAGUUAACACACUCUCUCGGCGGUGGAACUGGCUCUGGCAUGGGAACACUUCUCAUCUCGAAAAUUCGUGAGGAAUAUCCCGAUCGAAUAAUGAGCACUUUUUCAGUUGUGCCCUCUCCCAAAGUGUCCGAUACCGUUGUUGAACCAUACAAUGCUACACUGUCGGUCCAUCAGUUGGUGGAGAACACCGACGAAACCUAUUGCAUUGAUAAUGAGGCCCUGUAUGACAUCUGCUUCCGUACCCUGAAGCUUACUACUCCAACAUACGGCGAUCUCAAUCAUCUUGUCAGUGCCACCAUGUCCGGGGUCACCACCUGUUUGCGUUUUCCAGGCCAGCUGAACGCCGAUUUGCGAAAGUUGGCUGUGAAUAUGGUGCCCUUCCCAAGAUUGCAUUUCUUCAUCCCGGGAUUUGCACCCCUUACUAGCCGUGGAAGUCAACAAUAUCGGGCUCUGACAGUGCCCGAAUUAACCCAACAAAUGUUUGAUGCGAAAAAUAUGAUGGCGGCUUGUGACCCAAGACAUGGUCGGUAUCUUACUGUGGCCGCUAUGUUCCGUGGACGCAUGUCCAUGAAGGAGGUGGAUGAACAAAUGCUUAAUGUGCAGAACAAGAACUCCAGCUAUUUUGUCGAAUGGAUCCCGAACAAUGUGAAGACAGCUGUGUGUGACAUCCCACCUAGAGGUCUGAAGAUGUCGGUCACUUUUGUUGGCAAUAGUACGGCUAUUCAAGAACUUUUCAAACGUGUAUCCGAACAGUUCACGGCUAUGUUCCGCCGGAAAGCCUUCUUGCACUGGUACACGGGGGAGGGUAUGGAUGAAAUGGAGUUUACUGAAGCCGAAUCCAACAUGAACGAUUUGGUUAGUGAGUAUCAGCAAUAUCAAGAUGCCACGGCGGAAGAAGAGGGUGAAUUCGAAGAGGAAGAGGAGGGAGAACAAGUCUAAACGACCCCAACCUUUUUACAGUUAAAAGUUAGGCAAACGAUGAUUUCCACUUAGUUUCCUUUGUAUGCAUUUUGCAUGAGGAGACCAUAUGACACUUCGAAAAUCGUACCAUUCGUUUGCUGUGCACCGCGAGUACACGGAAUUCGAACACAGUUGGACUGUAUACUGCCGUCGUCAAUCUACCACAUCCGAUUCGCCCAUCCAACCAUCCCUUUUCUCUAACGUUGCGUACGUGUGAUAUUUCACCUGGUCUUUGGUUUGACCAGCUGUUUUCUGUCAUCCUGCCAAGCGGCACAGGUCGUAACACAACUGCGUCGCGCAUCAAUGCUCCAAUUUCGGUUCCUCCCGCUCAACGUACGCGUGAGUAUUUUGUGAACUUUCGGAGGCACAUUGUUAGGAACAUCAACUACUUUGGCACACUUUGCCUCUGUCGGUUGUACCUCAGGUCAUCUCCCCAAACCAACCGUUAAAAUAACUGCAUUGGACAUUGACAUCACUCAUUCUCCCUGUUGAACUAUGGGAGCCCUUCACUAAACACUCCGGGACCAAACCAUAACACACUGUGCGACGACUGGUGACAGACGUCGAAACUGCUGGUGAACAACAGCUUCCCCUGUACUUAUAAUGCUGCCCGAGUGUAGACCUGGAUACACUUAUCGUCCAUAUACAAUUGGCACUGUGUACCAAAGAUGCCGCUUAAUUUAUUUAAAUACAUGGGAUGCAGAUUAGGUCC